CAUUGCUAAUGCCCGUGGCCCUGGCUUGCUUUUAACCAGUUCUUCUUAUUCAUCUCCAAACGCCAUCGUUCGAUUGAGUCUUCUUGUCUCCCUCGAGUACUCAUCUGCCAAAAUCUCUCCAUGACAUAAACCUAGUUCUCUCCUAGCAGAAUCAAAUGGCGAUUCGCGCCUUUUCAAGAUCAAGAAUAGCAAAACUCAGUACAGUACUCCUUCAAAAUCUACCAAAUCAACCAAUAAAGCAGAACCCAUUACCUUCAAACCCCCAAAUACCAGCGUCAGAAUUGAAUACAUUAUACAAUCUCUCUUCUGGGUUGAGGCAAUACCACGACGGGAGGCCGAGAGGACCCCUCUGGAGAGGCAAGAAGCUGAUAGGAAAAGAAGCCCUUUUUGUAACUCAAGGAUUAAAGAGGCUUAAAGAUGACGAAGAGAAGCUUCAGAAGUUCAUAAAAACCCAUGUUUUGAGGCUGUUAAAAAUGGACAUGAUUGCUGUCCUCACUGAGCUUGAGCGCCAAGAGGAGGUCUCCUUAGCUCUCAAGAUGUUUCAAGUCAUUCAAAAGCAAGACUGGUAUACGCCCGAUGUCUAUCUCUACAAGGACUUGGUCAUUGCAUUAACAAGAAGUGGAAAAAUGGAUGAAGCAAUGAAGCUGUGGAAAACUAUGAGAAAUGAGAAUUUGUUCCCAGAUUCUCAAAUGUACACAGAAGUCAUUAGGGGCUUCUUGAGGGAUGGCUCUCCUGCUGAUGCAAUGAAUAUAUACGAGGACAUGAAGAAGUCCCCAGAUCCACCAGAGGAAUUACCCUUUAGGAUUUUGUUGAAGGGGCUUUUACCACACCCACUUCUUAGGAGCAGAGUGAAGCAAGAUUAUGAGGAGCUUUUCCCUGAAAAACAUGUUUAUGAUCCUCCAGAAGAGAUAUUUGGCGUGUACUAAUGCAACAACUGAUCCUUCUCUUUACUGAAGGACGUGGUCAUAUCUCAACCGCUUAAAGCUCAUAACAAAUGAUAGGCGAUUAUGGCAUUAUGCACUAUUUUAGAGCGAGGAAAGUCUUUAAUGUUAGGAUGCAUCCCACAUUGCCAUGGUUUCAACUUUUAGAGCUUCAAGCUGUGGAGCUUUUUAAUAAUUUUCCCCUCUAAGGUGGAGCUGAAAGGUGGAGGAUGGGGCAUUCUUUGUUCUGAUUGAACUUAAAACUGUGAUAUACCGAAAAAUUUAAAAUGGAUUUCUUUGGAAUUAAUAAAGAGCUACUGCACUGCUGUUAUGUCUUUAAA